AUGGAAGUACGAAGUGUGUUCGUUACCGGAGCUAACAGAGGUAUUGGCUUAGAAUUUGUUAGGCAGUUGGUGGCUCUUCCCAAAGCACCCCGCUAUGUAUUUGCUACGUACAGGAACAAAGAUUCACUUCAGGCAUUGAUUGAUAUAAAAGACUCUUCGAAGUAUUCUGAAGUGAUUUUCAUCAGAAUGGGUAAUAAUUUCACAGAUGUUUCAAAACCUGAGGAAGUAAAAGUUGCUCGGGCAAUAUUGGAAGAUACAGUCGGAAAUGAUGGCCUUAACCUUCUGAUCAACAGUGCUGGGAUAUGCCAAGUACAAGCUUUUCCUAAUGUUUCAAUAGAAAACUUACUUCAACACUUCAACACCAACACAGUAGGACCUGUAAUGGGUAUUUUUGGUCCAGCUGUUGAAUGCCCUUUGGUAAACAUUCCACUGAGUAUCACAGUAGGAGAAAGUGCCAGUGUCACACAUAAAGAGAUUUUAUGUGCAGUUGCAGAAUCACUGGCAGAGGAUGUGCUGCUUCCUCCAGAAGUGUUCACCAUCUUUGGAGGUCGGUUACAUGACACAGGUGAAGUGGUAGAAAACUUACAUGAAGAAACCACAAACAUCCCAGAG